CAGCUGGUGGCGCUGUAACUACCAUUGCGAGUAACCGCCAGCGUAGAAGAAAUUGGAAGAAACCAUAUAUGUUGGGAUAAGGAUCCAUGACUAUGCAAUGUAUUGGCGCUUUCAAGGGAUAGUACGGUAUUUGAUGAACGAGGCUAGUCCCUUGGAGCGAACCUUAUCAGACAAAUAAAUAUAUAAUGGCAACAACAUGCAGAUACAUCGUGCAGAGAACACUCUUUGCACUUUUAGCGCACAGAGUUUGUCAUCGGCACUUCACUUCGACUUCAAAUCAAGGACGCCUCAUUCGGACACCUCUUCUCCGACAAUCGAGCUGCCGUUUGUCCAACACUUCUACUACUGGGAACAGCUCUUUGUCUUUUAGGACUCACACCUGUGGACAACUGAGAUCUGAGCAUGUUGGAGAGAAGGUCACGUUGUGUGGAUGGGUCCAGUACCUGAGACAAGACUUGUUUGUCAUUCUACGAGACUUUAGUGGCCUAACUCAAGUACUUAUACCUCAGCAGGAAUCUGCAAGCAAUCUUAAAGAAGUACUGUGUAACCUGACAGCUGAAUCUGUCAUCAAAGUUACUGGGACAGUUAGACAACGGCCAGCGGGACAGGAAAACAAGGGGAUGCCAACAGGAGACAUUGAAGUCUUUGCUGAGAAUGUGGAAGUUUUCAAUGUGUGCAGGAAGUUGCCAUUUGAAAUUAAAGACUUUGUUAAGAAAUCAGAGUCUGUACGCAUGCAGUUUCGCUACCUGGACCUGAGAUCUUCUUGUUUGCAAAAAAAUCUCCGACUGAGGUCCCAACUCGUGAUGAAGAUGAGAGAUUAUCUAUGUAAUACGCAUGGUUUUGUUGAUGUAGAAACUCCAACAUUGUUUAAAAGAACACCAGGGGGAGCCAAAGAGUUUGUGGUUCCAUCCAGAGACCCAGGUCGUUUCUAUUCCCUUCCACAGAGUCCUCAGCAGUUCAAGCAACUUCUCAUGGUGGCUGGUAUUGACAGGUACUUCCAGAUUGCUCGGUGCUAUCGAGAUGAAGGCUCCAAACCAGAUCGGCAGCCCGAGUUCACCCAGGUCGACAUAGAAAUGUCCUUUGUGGACCAGGCAGCCAUCAUGUCCCUCGUGGAGGGCUUGUUGCACUACUCCUGGCCUGCCGAGAAAGGCCCCCUCACAGUUCCUUUCCAUAUCAUGACAUACGAAGAGGCCAUGAAGAACUACGGGGUGGACAAACCUGAUACUAGAAUCGGCAUGAAGCUGAUGGACCUCAGAGAUGUUUUCCUGUCCACAGAUAUUGAUUUCUUCAAAUCAGCUGUUAGCCGACCAGAUAGCUCCGUUUUGGCCAUCUGUGUCCCCAGUGGAGCUAAAAUAUUUACUGGAAAAGAUUUAGAAAGACUGAAACAAUCGUCUCGGACCCAUUUCGACCAGGAGAUGAGUUUGGUACUGGUCAGAGGAGACAGAACGCUGAAGUCUCCUCUGAAGAAGGCGUUGUCGGCCUCUACCACUGAUGCUUUACUGGAGAAGACUGGAGCCGAACCUGGAGACUUGCUCCUGAUAGCUGCUGGUCCCUAUGAAGUUCUGCGCCCAAUGCUGGGUAAUCUUCGAUUGCGGUGUGCAGAGCUCCUGGAGUGUCAUGGCUUCCCAGUGCAUAACUCUUCGCCCUUCCAUUUUCAUUGGGUGGUGGAUUUUCCUCUAUUCUUGCCUAAAGCAGAUGACCCAAAACAGCUUGAGUCUGCUCAUCAUCCAUUUACUGCUCCAGUGCCAGAGGACACUCAGUUACUAUACACAGAGCCAGAAAAAGUUCGUGGUCAGCACUAUGAUCUUGUGUUGAACGGAUGUGAGAUCGGAGGAGGUUCAAUCCGUAUCCACAAGGCUUCAGAGCAACUUCAUGUCUUAAAGAAUAUCCUCAAGGAAGAUCCCACUGUUCUUUCUCACCUCCUGGAAGCUCUGGACUCUGGCGCCCCACCACAUGGUGGUAUUGCACUUGGUUUGGAUCGACUGGUUUCCAUCAUGGUGGGUGCUUCCACUAUACGUGAUGUCAUAGCCUUCCCCAAGUCAUUCCGUGGUCAUGACCUUAUGAGUCAGGCCCCAGACUUUGUUUCAGAAGAGGAGCUACAGUCCUACCAUAUUACAGUCAAAUUGCCAGAAUAGACGGGAGGAGAAGAAAAAGAGAAGUGUGGCGAUAUAAAAGGAACAUACAAUGACACUCAAUAAAACGUGGCUUUCUGCA